UGGAAUUUGAUGUGGCCCAGUGGUGAUAAACUGUAUGCUUUUUUUAGAAAUAGGUCAAUAGGUCAAUUAGAUUAUGUAGUGACAUCAGCAGCCCAUUAUCAGGCCAGCCAAUCUGUGGCCAUUAUUGUUUAUGGAGGAUUGAUUGUAGGCCAACAACACAACACUACAGCAACAGCAGCAGAACUACAAUCAUCUAAGCAAGCACAGACUGUUGGCCAGGCCAAUAUGGUUAUUUUCCAUCCUUGGGCUGGCCAACAGUCUGCUAAGAUGUCCUUGCUUUCUUGUGGCUUUGCUUGUUGGUUUGUGUUCAUUCAUGAAUUUGGAUUUCAUAACCUUGAACCAGUUGUCAAAUUGAUAGAGAUGGCAGCCCCAUUACCAGCAAUCCACAAUUCCCAUGGCCACGCUCCAAUACACGGCCAAGCUAUGAUGCAACACCGUGUACCAAGCCCGCCAAACAAGCUGAAACCCCAAGAUGCGUACCGGAAACCUGCUCUGAAGGUGAAAAAGAGGGAUCGAGAUGCACAGACAAAGCAGCAAGCACUCUGGCAAAAACAGCAGCCUAACUUGUCCAGCAUGGAGGUUCAAAAAUAUCGCAACACUUAUAAACAUAACUUGUGUCUGGAGAUGUUAAAGGACGGCUUCCAUCAUUCAUUCUCGGAGCUGUUUGCACUGAUUCGCCAGCAGAAAGAACGACUCCAGUCUGCUAAUAACGAUGUAGGUUUCUCCGCCACAUUGCUAGAAGACCAAGAAGAGAAACUGAACCAGUUGAAGUUACACCUAACAGAAGCAGAAAGUGCUUUAAGAAUAAAUGAUCUAGAAGUUGUCUACAAUGCUAGAAACAAAUUAGCCGAGUAUUUUUUGAGUACCGAUGAUCUCUGGUUGUCGGAUCACUUCUUCGCUUCAUGUCUAGACACUUCCCUUAACAUCCCCGGUGAUGGACGGAGGAAGGGGGAGGCAUACUGUAACAUGGGCCUAGCAUUUGAACGAAGGAGAGAUUAUGGCAAAGCAACAAAAUAUUUUGAAGAAUUUUACAACUUAGCGUCCAAAAACAACUGGAUGACGGGAGACGGGCUGAGUCUGCACUCGUCAGCCUGCGAACACCUCCGGAGGGUGUACACAGCAGUGGCGGAAGCCCAUCAGAAAGGGGAUGAUAAAAGUCCAGAAGAUGCAAUCAAAUACUUCCAACAAGCCUUUGAUAUGGCUAAAGAAAGUGGGGAUGAGGCCAAGGAGGGAGAUGCCAGCUACAGACUAGGCUUGGCCUAUGAAGAUAUCUCUGACUCAGAAACUGCUUUAAUGUACCACAAUGGUUUUAUGGAUGUAUGCAAGAAACAAGGAGAUCAAGUUGGCAUGGGAAAGGCUUGUCAAGCCAUUGCUAAGUCAUAUGAAAAUCAAGGCAAACUAGAGGAUGCUAUUCGCUACCUCGAGAUGUUCGUUGACAUCGCAGAAAGAAGUAAACAAGAUGGCGCGCAAGCAGAAGCAUGUAGUUGCUUAGGGAACAUAUUCAAUUCAUUAGGAGAGUACGACCGAGCAUCGCAGUAUUUUGGCAAAGCGUUCAACAUCGCCCGUAGCAUGAGCGACAAUGUAGCCACGGCAUCUACUAGAGUUCUCUUUGGCAUCUCCAGCGCACACAGGGCUCUGCAAGCCUUUGCAAUCUGUGUCGAUCGGCCUAGCAGAACUCUGAAGGAACGGCUUCUUAACUGGAAGGACAUACGCAGUGAUCAGUUUGAUGAGGUCUUACAAGAACAAAAUGCAGAGAGCGAGAAUACCUAGCUUUAUUAUAUUGACUGAAAGAAGACCCCAAGUUAUGUACAGAUAGCAUUGUAAUUACUUUAUCAAUAUUUGUUUUCUCGUCAGAUUGUACUGGAAAAAAAAAACAACUUUAAAGUAAAUAAUUUUAUCAAGAAAGUAGUAUUAUACAUGUGUUUAUGUAGUGAAAAUAUUUAGCUUUGUAAAUACUGUAUUUAAAUUAGAUCAAAGCUUGUAUUCAUUUGCAUUUGGCUACAAUUGUUUUGUUUUUGUUGCUGAAGUUCCAUCCACACUAACAAUUUUUAUAAAUGACAAAUACUGGUGCUUUGAUCAAUCAACUAUUAAUCAAUCAGCCUCAUGAGGGCAGUAUAAUAGAGGUAGUAGAGCUCAAAAAGAUCUAUUAAUCAGCUGAGUGUUUCUAUUGCUCCUCAUCGGAGCUAAAUUUAUUUGUCAGAUGAAACUUGGUAAUGUGGACAGACCUUUAUAUUGUCAGUUUGAUAAACGAUAUGCAGCAUGGUUUAAAAAGAUAUAAAUAACUUUGUUUUCUUGUGUAUUGUAUGUUGGUAAAGCCACCUUUUAUUAAUCUGAUAAGGGAUUCAAUUAAUCAUGUCUUUAUUCAUGACAACAGAAACUUCAAUUUAAAAUUUAAAAACAUCAAAUUUUUUUAAUGCAAAUUUACAAAAAAAAAAUAUUUAAAUAAAAUAUGGGGAUAACAUUUAUGUGGUAUUCGAGAAGCGUUUUUGAACCUAAUUUUUAAUGUUUUAAAAACAACCACAUACCUCUGCUAUGUUAUGUUCAAGAAAGGAAAGCAUAUGCCUAUUUGGUAGGCUCUAUUCCCCAAUAAGAAAGGAAUUAUAAUUAUUUGCGACUAAUACCCGAUUCACACAAGAAAAUUGACGAUACGUCCCAUGCUACAUUGCACCUGAGUGAAUGCACGUCCACACUAUCAAAUUUGAGGGUAAUUGCGAUAUGCCCAUAUUUGGGUAUGAAAUAACAUUAUCGUGUCACAUAAUAUUCUCGGUAAAAAUAUCUUGAGAAGUUUGUUGGCCAUUUAGCGCGGUUCUGAUGUAAUAUUUUAUCUUGUGUGAAUCAGUUAUAAAUAUAUUGCAUUUGUGUCUAUAUAUACUCUGUGGUUUGUUGGUUAUUAGUAAACAGACUCGGUUAGACGAGAUUUAACUACCUCAUAUUGGCUGCUGUGAUGAUGAGCCAAUGCGUGGAGCUCAAUAAAGUCAGUCAUCCAAUCAGAACCAAUCUUAGAGAUAUUUUUUAUUUCAAAACAUUGGUUCUGAUUGGUGGUUGGCUUUGAGUUUCCCAUUUAGCAUAGUUUUUUAAAAAAUGCACUUCAUUGGGCAGCUUGGCAUGUAAUGAUAGCUUCCUGGUGGUGUUCUGCUGAUAUUUUCUGAAGGGCUCGUUUCUGAUUCGCUCGUCAGCAGUCAUCCCAGUGCAAGCAAUUCAAAUGCAUUGUUUCUAUUAUAUUUAGAGUUAUUAAUUGUUUCUUAUUUACUCAGUUAUAUCCUCUCCAACCUGAAUGAUUCGCACCAAAUCAUCCAAAAUUAUUGUUGAAAAGUGAUGUUUUAUGAUGAUUUUGCUAUAAAAUUGUUAUAAAAUUAGGUAAAUAGCUUAUUUGAGUACUUUUUGCUUUGUGAAUAGGAGGAGUUGUUUUAGGACUGCAGGCUCUGCAGUGGAUAUGCAUACUGUAGAUAAAGAAUAGCAUUUUUAAGAACUUAAGUCCUGUUCACACUAAGUUUAAGUGAAGAAUAUGACAUCAGGAUGCCAUAUCACAGGAAUCUGAUAGUGUGGACAGACUUAGCAAAACCAACUUCUUGUAUGUGAUCCCAAAACUCCAGUGUUGUCAAUUUCUGUGUGUAAGUUUAGGUCAUACUCAAGACCUUCAGUGUUUCUCAAAAAUAAGGUCGCUAAUAUGGUAAGACCAGAGAGUAUAGAAUGCCCUGAUUUUUUAUGCACACAAUGAAACUUUACCACGAGAUAGGAGGGCACCCCAUUAGAAAUCAAAUAGCUUUUGAAACUCCCCCUUUUAAAGGACGCCCUCUAUUUCGUGGUAGUGCUUUUUGAAAUAAGAUUACGCUCCAACGAAACCCCAAGUGCAGUUCUAUACUAUUCGGCAAGACCUAGUGGAAAAUUCUUAAUGAUUUCACUUCCUAAAAACCGUGUAAUCCUUCAAAUAAUGCGUACACAGAACUUCUGAGAUAAUUUUUACAUUGCUUACGGUGUGUAGAAAAGAAUUAGACCAUCCUGCUUGCAGCCAACGUGUUACGACAUUGAUAUUGGUUUUCCAGGGAAUGCUGUUCCAAAACAUGUUAGUUUAAAAUCCUCAUAAUACUAAGUGAAUGAAAUGUAUGCAGAAUUGCAGAAAAAAAGUUAAUACUUAAAAGUGUAUUAUAAGAAAAUUGCGAAAAGGCAUAAUUUAUUAAAUUUGCCAUGUCUACACUAUCAAAUUUUAUGUGUCAAGUAAAUGUGAUAUGCCCAUAUUUGGAUGUUAUAUGAUGUUAUACCCAUAUUUGGGCACAUCGCACAAAUUUGUCACUUAAAAUUAGAUAGCAUGCACAAAGCAUUUGAGUAAUAGAUUUCAUUUUUGUAAAUAUAAUAGAAAACAUAAUAAUGGUUUAUUUAGUGUCCUUUAAAAUGUACAUUUACCCAAUGUGGUUUACAGAUGACAUUAAAAACAUGUGGAUCACGUGUUAGCGGUUUAAACUCCUUUGCAAAAUAAAGAAAAAUGUUUUUGAUUUCUGAUCUGGUAAAAA